CUCACGUUGCAGUAAUGCGUGUUCUGUUCUGGGCGAAAACUAGAAACGAGGAACAAAACACAGAGAGGGUGAAAGUUGUGCGCGUGCUGCCUGGACCGAGACCGUGGUUAAUGGAUCGUAACCAGGAGACUGAUGAUUAUUAUUGUCCUAUUUCGGGAGUGUUUAACGGCGGAAAAAUCCAGAAACGCUCGAUCUUAUUAGCCGCAACUUUACACCCGCACACGUUGGUCUGCGCGUGAGGCUUCUGAGUCCUGUUUACUCACACUAAGGACUAAGUGAGGGUUCCAUCCUCAGGGCUUACAGAUGGAUUUCGCUGUAGAAUAACAGUGUUGACUGGUCCAGCGACAAGAACAAUUCCCAAACAGCCCCCAAGUGACCAUUUGGUUGCGUGACCAAUCAGAGCAUGCUCAGUGGAGACAACUACCAGGAUGGAGAAGUGAACGGUUCUCCUGAUCCGAGCCACGUGGAACAAGGCGUUCCGGUGGAGCAGGCCGACAGGGAGGCAGGACUGGUGGGCAGGGGGUGCCAGUCGAUCUCCGGAAUGGCGUCGGUAUCCGGAUCGGGUUCAGGAGAGGACGAGGAGGUGGACAAGCAGCGAGAAGGAUGGCGCAUGGCUGAGGAGUGCGGCGGAGAACCUUCCGGAGGAGAGCAAGGUCAGGAGGACGUGGAGAUGAAUGGCGGUCAUGAUAGCAUCGGGGUAACACGACGGCAUUUGUCUUCAGCCAACGGGAGUCCCGGGAGCGCCGCGGGAUCAGGCAGCACCAAGAGCGAGCAAACGGAGCAGGGCCGAGACCACACCCACCAAGAGAUGAUGCAGACGGUGCAGGAGAUGAAGAAGAGGCUGCCAUCGGAGAAGAGGAGCCGCAGCAAACCCAGCACUGUGGAGGCUCUGAACUACGCCCUUAACUGUGUCAAGCAAGUACAAGCGAACAGCGAGUACUACAAGUUACUGAUGUGCAACGGACUGGAAGAGAGAAAAGACGCUAUGGUGUGCAGCCUGGAGCGGCUGGAGAGCAUCACGUCUGAACACACACUCAAAAAUACAGACACGUUUGUGGUGGUGUUUUCACUGGCUACGGGCCGAGUGGUGUACGUGUCGGAGCAGGCCUCCAGCAUCCUCAACUGCAAGCGCAAGUUCCUGAACUCUGCCAAGUUUGUAGAGCUGCUGUUUCACCAAGAUGUCAACGUGUUUUACUCUCACACUGCUCAGCCGCACCUGCCGCCCUGGAAUGUGGGGACAGACAGCGCUGCAGUCCAUUUUGAAUGUGCCCGAGUCAAGUCCUUCUUCUGCAGAAUCAGAGGAGGGAAGGACCGUGACAGCGAGAUGCGCUACAACCCGUUCCGUAUCACGCCGUACCUGCUGAAUGUUCAGGGAUUGGGCGAAGAGGAGGAACAUCCGUGCUGCUUGGCUCUGGCCGAGCGCAUCAUCUCAGGAUACGAGGCUCCCCGGAUUCCCACAGACAAGCGCAUCUUCACCACAACACACUCUCCGGGGUGUGUGUUCUUAGAAGUAGACGACCGUGCUGUGCCUUUGCUUGGCUACCUCCCUCAGGACCUGAUAGGCACGUCGGUGUUGACCUGCCUCCACCCUGAGGACCGCACCGUCAUGCUGGCCAUGCAUCGAAAAAUUCUGAAAUACGCAGGCCAGCCACCAUUCGAACAUUCCCCUAUCCGCUUCCGCUGUCAAAACGGAGAUUACGUCACGCUGGACACCAGCUGGUCCAGCUUUGUCAACCCCUGGAGCCGCAAGGUGGCCUUCAUCAUCGGCAGGCACAAAGUCCGCACAGGGCCUCUGAAUGAAGAUGUGUUUGCUGCACGGAGCAAAGCAGAACUUCCCGUCAUGCUGGAAGAUGUCAAAGAAUUGCAGGCCAUGAUCUACAAGCUCUUCCUUCAGCCGGUCCACACUAACGGCUCAAGCGGUUACGGCAGCCUGGGCAGUAACGGUUCCCACGAGCACUACAUCAGCGUGGCCUCGUCCAGUGACAGCAACGGGAACCUGUGGGAAGAUUCACACCGAGAGCCGGUGACCCUCCGGCCGAUAUGUGCUAAUGUUAAUCAAAUGAAACGUGGUGGUCAGCAGGCGCAUCCGGACUCCCGGGGAAAAGUCACGGCAGCGGGGGAAGUUAACACAGAAACUCCAGCUCCUGUCCUUCAGCGUUUAGAGGUCCUGCGUCUCCGAAGCUCCAUCGAGGACUCGCACAGGAAGCAGCCACACGUUCCGUCUUACCAGCAGAUUAACUGUGUGGACAGCAUCAUUAGAUACUUGGAGAGCUGUAGUGGCCCCGCCCUGAAGCGGAAAAGUGAAUCCUUGUCCAUCGCUACCUCCUCUUCUUCUACCACAUCCGAGGAAGACAAGACACCUGCGGCCAAACUGGAGGACAGAGCGAAUGCUGACGAGGCAACCAUGGAAGCAAGUGCCGGUCUAGAGAGCCAGGUUUCAGCCGGAUCCGCGUUGACCGUAGCGCACACAACGGCAGCCGUGGUUGGGGCUCCGCUAACUGACAUCACUCUGUCCACUAAAGCUAUGAGUGUGAUGUCUGUGACCAGCCAGUGCAGCUAUAGCAGCACCAUCGUGCACGUCCCUCAGCCUGAAUCUGAAGUGACGGCUCUGGAGGAUGCGCCGAUGGGAAGCGAACCGGCCGACCCGGCUCCUGCGCCAUCGCGGCCGGCCCCCGGCUCCUCCGCUGCCACGGCUCCGGAGGAGUUCCAUGUGGUGGGGCUGACUAAGGAGGUGCUGUCCGCACACACGCAGAAGGAGGAGCAAGAGUACGUUGAUCGCUUCAGACAUCGCAUCCUGGAGAGCCCGUAUAGCUCCUACCUCCAGCAGGACAACAGCAGCAUGGCGCACUCCAACCACAGAGGCGAUUGUGUCAUGAAGCCCCUGAGCACGGGUGAUUGGAACAGAUCCUGCUCAGGCAAACCCAGACAUAAGCGCGCAAAGCCUCAGGCCUCGUCCGACAGUGAUGGCUCGCGGCCUGGACACUUCCUGCCGACGACCUCAACCGCUCCCGAUAACUCCUUGUCCGAAUCGUCCCGACCCAAACCCAACUUUUUCUCACCUGUGCUGAUGCCCGUCCAGCCCCCUUACUAUCCCGUCCCACCUCAUCCUGGUCCCGUUCAGCCACACGGCCUGCCUGUGGCGGUGCAACCCGAACAGACGCAGCCGGUCAUGCAGGUCAUGAAUCCUUUCAUGUCCCCCGUCAUGGCCGUCAUCGUGCCCUACCCUGCGAACUACACCAUCUAUCCGCAGCCGGUACCGGGCAUGCCAGGUGUACACAGUGUAACUCCACCUGGAUUAGUGCCUCCUCCUCCUCCAUUUCCUCAUCCUUCCUUCACGUCCCUGAUGGACAAUCCACCUCCUCAGACUGGCCCGAGCUCGAUGCCCUCUGGAGCGUUGCUGUCUUCACCCGUCUCGUCCCCGUGGCCAGAAGAGGACGUGGAUGGUGCUCAGCCCACGGCGCUCUUUUCCAGUUCCAGGUCCAGCAGUCCUCUACAGCUCAACCUGCUGCAGGAGGAGCUGCCCAAUCCGAACGCCCUGCAGAGCAACACGGGCCGAGCUGAAAGCCUGCACGAGCAGCACCCCAAGGACAAUCCCAGCGAUUCGGGUAAUCAAGACGCGCAGUCCACCUCUAGCGUGCUGAUGGACCUGCUGCUGCAAGAGGACGCUCGCUCCGGGACCGGCUCCAACGCCUCGGGUAGCGGAUCUGGAGAAUCAGGGGGUUCUCUGGGUUCAGGUUCAGGCCUGGGCUCCAACGGUACCUCCAUCAGCCAUACAGGCAGCAGCAGCAACAGCAGCAAGUACUUCGCCAGCAACGACUCAUCAGACACGUCCCGUAAGGCCAGGAAGAGCCAGGAUGCACCGGAGCGCUCCGGCUUCGACAAACGCAUGGAGGACUCGCUCUGGACCAUGAUCCAGCACACACCGGAGCCGGUCAUGAUGACCUAUCAGAUCCGUCCCAGGGACCAGGCACAGGUUCUGAAGGAGGACCGGGAGAAGCUGCUCCUCCUGCAGCCCAUGCAGCCGUGGUUCACUCCAGGCCAGAAGGAGGAGCUGGCUGAGGUACAUUCCUGGAUCCACCAUCACAAUGUACCAGAGGAGAUAAACACACGAGGAUGUGUGAACUGUAACCCCGCUGUUUUGGAAGGAAGUGACGCGGCGGCCCAUUCUCCCAGACUGCCCGCUCCAGACAGCUCAACUGCCCAGGAUUGCCCCUCAGAGGACACCAGCCCCGCCUCUGACACCUGAAGCUGCUUCCCUUAGCACUUUGGGUUAAAAACUCUGCCCCCUUUUUCACAGAGCAGAAUCAUUGUUACAGUCUGGGCACUUGGUAAAGGGGGAGGAUAGAGGCGGAGUUUGUGUCACUGCCAUUAGGUGACCUGACGUGAUGACAUGUCAGGCAUCUCGUCAGUACAAGAACAACCCGAGAACCCACUCAAACCUCGUUUGUUCCGAACGUUGGAACCACACAACUGUGAAUCUUUUUACCGUACAGCAAAACUGACAUUUAUUUCAGUAAUGAUUUCUUCUGUGCUUAUAUUUGUACAGUUGCAGCUCUAGUUUGGGUUUCACUGUGUUUUAUAUGAGGACGUGACCCUCGGAGCCUGACGUGUACAUCGGUUGGUGUUGACCGGUGUGAUUACCUUUCGUGAUCAUUUUGCUUGCUCUGAUGUGGCCGAUCUCCUAAAAUCCAGUUGCACUGUCUAUUGAUGCUUUAAGCUGUGAUUAUAUUUUUGUCCUUCUGUCUGGUGUCUCGAUUCCAAACCACCACGGCAUGUGUACCGUAUCCUGAGCGUUUCGCCCUUAAAUGCACCAGUCUUAUACCUGUAUACACUUUAUACUUGGGAGAAUCGCUCUUUUUUUUUUCUUUUUUUUUUUUAAAGCGGAUAAUCAGCGUCUUGGUCUCGGUUCCUUUUGCACGGCUUUUCGGCUCUGCUGUCCGUCGUUAUUAACCCAAAUCCACCACCUUUUAUUUUAUCCUAUAAGAAAAUACAUAUAAAAAUGAUUAUGAUUAUGCACCUUACAUGCACUCAAACUGAUAAUCAGCACUUUUUUUUCUUUUUAUAAAUAUAGUGAUUUUUAAUAGUUAUAUAGUGAUAUUUUAGAUAGUUUAGAUGUAGUCCACUUUUUGAAUUUAAUCCCAAACUCAGGUCCUUUUUUUUUAUAAUCCCCAAAAAGAACUGGUAGAGGAGAGAGCUUUCAAAGUGAUGCUCACCUGAACUCGUGGCUUUUUAGUAUUUUAAGGAGCUCUUGGUGAAUGUUUAAUGCUACAUAACAUGAUCAAUGAGAAAAUUAUUGACGAGAUGUCACGUACGGACGACGGGUGACCCAUCUGGGAUUUGAAGCCAGUUCUGGUCGAUUUAAUUUGAAGAAAAAAAAAGAAAAAGAAAAAAAUCCGAUCCGUAGAAUAAUCCAGGUCAUUGAAACGUCACCACGUUACGACGUAACCUGACCCCCCGUCACCCCUUUUCCUUAUUUAUUAACGUUAUGCCAGCAAAAUUGUGUCUGCUUGGAAAGGGUGUUCUCUGGUGACGUUUUCUUUUCUUUUUUUCUUCCUCUGUGUUAGAGGUUAAGUGUUUAAUUAGAGUUGCCGUGAUUUGUGGCUCAUGUUGUAAUACGGCCUUGAAAGUGUAAAAUCCGAGAGUCGGGGUGGGGGGGGUCGGUCAGCUCGGCACUUUGAAGGACGAACACUGUCAAGCACAUAAUGAUCUCUUUUUUUUUACGGUCUUGUGGACAGAAAAACAGGGUAUUUUGUACAGUUUUUAGCCAAAAUGUAUGUACAUAACAUGCUAUGUAUUUUGGAGGAAAAGAAAAAUGAUGAAAAUGUUUGUCUUGAAUUCAGGGACGUAUUUUGUGACCUCUUGAAUGAAUUCUAAAUUAAAGACUACAGUGAAUCCAAA